AGACAAAGGCUUUCCCCAGAGGCGUCCAGCUGACGUCCGCCUCCGCCAGCUCCCCAGUCUCCGGUUAGGACCGGCCCGGCCCCGCCCCACCCACUCUGGCUUGGCGGAAACCGUGUCCGUCCCCGUGUCCGCACGGACGGUGGCUGGGGCACGGCACGGCACGGCAGGGCUGUUACCCAUCGCAGACGGCCUGAUCCUGGCUGCGACAGAGGGUCUCCCCCCCGCCCCCCCCCCCAAAAAAAAACACACCAGAAUUCCAAGGAAUCUGGGCAGGAGCAGGUCCCUGCAGGUCGAAGAAGGGAGCAAAGCCGCGGCCGUGGACAAACUGCUGGCCGGAGACGAGAUCGUGGGCAUCAACGACAUCGGCCUGUCUGGGUUUAGGCAGGAGGCCAUCUGCCUGGUGAAGGGGUCGCAUAAGACCCUGAAGCUGGUUGUGAAAAGGAGGAAUGAGCUGAGCUGGAGGCCACACUCCUGGCACGCCACCAAGUUCUCCGACAGCCACUCCGAGGCAGCUGCACCUCUGUUCCCCUGCACCUCUCGGCCGAGCCGGUACCACGCCAGCUCCUCCUCCCAGGACCUGUCGGGCGGCGCCUGGGAGCGAGCGAACCUGCAGCGCACCUCCGACCACUUCAGCUCGCUGGGGAGUGUCGACAGCCUGGACCAGUCCUCCCAGCCCGACCCGUCGGGGCGCCUCUUGGCGGCCAAGUCCAGCAACAGCAUCGACCGCUUGGGUGGCGCCAGCAAGCGGGACUCGGCUUACGGCUCAUUCUCCACCCGCUCCAGCACCCCGGACCACACCCUGCCCAAGGCGGACGCAUCCUCGGCCGAGAACAUCCUCUACAAAGUGGGCCUGUGGGAGGCCUCCGCUGCAGCACACAGCCGGCUGGGCCCGACGGCCGGCGACCCUCAGGGCGCCGAGGAGCCCCUGGGGUGCUUCCCGCCCCGGGUCCCCGAGGACGGCCCCGAGCCCAAGCUAGCUGCUUGCGGGCGGUCCAGCUCUGGGCCCGUCUGGUAUGUUCCCGAUAAGAGACGAGCCCCUCCUUCCCCUCCCCCGCCGCCUCCCCCGCUCCGCCGGGACAGCUUCGCUGCCACCAGGAGCCACGAGCAGACCCAGGGCCCCGCGUUCUCAGCAGACGCUGCCCCCGUGCAGCCCUUGCCGGGCCUAAGCCGUGCGCAGCCCCACGGCGGCGACUGGAAGAGACCUGAGCCCGCUGAUCAGCCGUCGAGGCUGGCCCGGGGGGGCGAAGGCUGGAGAGCCGGGAGCUCUUUGGGCUGCAUGCCCGGGGCGCACCUGGACUGCGGGGGGCCGGCCUGCGAUAGUGGGGCCCGGGCCCUCCUGGGGGCCCCCAGCCGGCUGCAGGCUUCUCUAUCCAGCACCGACGUGCGCCACCCGCAGCCCUCGCCCGCUUGCCAACACCCGCGCCACUCGAGCGACGAGGGCCCCUUCUUCCGCGAGGGCCCCAGGGCCGCCACGUGGCUUGGGGAGCCCUUCCUCGCUGACCGCCUCGCGGACGACAGCCCUGCUGCCGUUGUUGUCGGAGGGCCACACGCUGCUGACCAGAGGGGCGACUCUGGCGCGCAGAGUCGCUACUACUGCGUGAUGUCCAGACCCGGUCCCCAGUGGGGCGCCCCGGCCCCCCAGCCCCGCUGCUACCCGUCCCGGCUGGAGGGGGCCCCAGGCGCACGGCAGAGAGGCAGGGCGGAGCCUGUGGACAGGGCACCCGAGGACCCACUGGGGGCUAGCCUCCUGGACAAAGGCGAUAGGAAGAGGGUGGUGGGCAGCCUGGACGACGGGGGCGGUGAGAUCUGCCCCCUGCAGACGCCCAUGCUGCACUCGCUGAGCCGGGAAGGGGUGGGCCGGCCCGAGACCGGCCACGAGGACGCGGCAGCAACGCUGCCCGAGGCCCCGGCGGGCAAGCCCCUCCGGAGGAGCGAUCGCUUUGCCACCACCCUGAGGAACGAGAUCCAGCAGAGGCGAGCCAGGCUGCAGAAGAGCCGGAGCACGGCCGCCUUGGCCAGCUCUGCGGAGGAGGAGGGGGAGGAGGAAGACGAUGUGGAGACGGAGCCGCGCGCCUCCGGGGCGCAGCCAGUGGCCGACCCGGAGACCGCCUUCCCCGGCGGCACCUAUAAGGACCACCUGAAGGAGGCACAGGCCCGCGUCCUGAGGGCCACGUCGUUCCGGCGCCGCGACCUGGAGCCCAGCGCAGCGGAUCCGGAGCCAGCCCCUCGCGUCUGGGAGGGGGCCCCGGGCGCCGGGCCGCCCUCGCGCGCCGCCGGCAGCAGCGGCGCACGCAUCGGGAGUCGGAGGCGCUUCACCGUCGAGCAGAAACUGAAGUCCUACUCAGAGCCCGAGAAGAUGAACGCGGUGGGGCUGGCGGAGGACCAGCGCCCCGCACCCCCGGACGAGAACAUGCGCACCUUUGCCGACAGGUGGAAGUUUUUUGAGGAAACCAGCAAGCCCGUGGGCCCCCAGCCAGGGCUGGGGCCAGCGCCCUGUGGCUUCCCCAGGGAGAAGCCGGAGAUGCUGUGGAAAGCAGGCCCUGGAAAAGAUGGAAAGGCAGGGAAACCCAUCCCACCGCAGAGGCUCGGUACCUUCGCAGAGUAUCAAGCCUCCUGGAGGGAACAGAGGAAGGCACCGGAAGCCAGGGGUGCCGGCAGGUACCACUCCGCCGACAACAUCCUCGACGUGGGUGUGGACCACGAGGAGAGGCCGCAGUACGUCCACGAAAGGUCCCGGUCAUCGCCUUCCACGGAUCUCUACAAGCAGGACGCCUCCAUGGAAUCUCGACAGCAAGCGGGGGACCCGGGGGAGCACACGGAGCUUUCUUCGGCGGCACGGGCCAAGGACAGAGGCCCCACCCCAAGUGAUAAAAAGAGGAAGACAGGCUCCCGGAGGGCCAGGCUUUGGGGGUUUGGCCUCGGGAUUUGCCAGCAAAGUCACCGGGGAGCCGCGGGUUGCAGUCGGAGGGAGCCUGCGUGGACUUGUCCAUCGCUAGGCGGCAGCGGGCGCAGCGCACUCGCAGCAGUCGGGGAGCACGGUAAGAAAUAA